AGGUGGCAGGCGGGUACUUAAGGCGCGGCCACCGCCGCUGCGGCAGUGCGCCCAGCAGCGGACUCUGAGAGACCAGCGGAUCUCGGACCUCGGCGAACCUUCGCUCCCGACCACCCACCCACCGCUCUCGGAGCCAUGGCGGCAGUGGCGGCGGCCUCGGCUGAACUGCUCAUCAUCGGCUGGUACAUCUUCCGCGUGCUGCUGCAGGUGUUCCUGGAAUGCUGCAUUUACUGGGUAGGAUUCGCUUUUCGAAAUCCUCCAGGGACACAGCCCAUUGCGAGAAGUGAGGUGUUCAGGUACUCCCUGCAGAAGCUGGCGUACACCGUGUCCCGGACCGGGCGGCAGGUGUUGGGGGAGCGCAGGCAGCGAGCCCCCAACUGAGGCCCCAGCUCCCAGCCCUGGGCGGCCGCGUCAUCAGGUGCUCCUGUGCAUCUCGGCCAGCAUGGGAGCCCGUGCCGCGCAGGAAUGGGGGGUCCCCUGUGCUCCCUCGCCAGAGGAGCACUUGGCAAGGUCAGUGAGGGGCUGGUAGGCCCCCGGAGAAGCAGUACCGACAAUGACGACGAUACCAGAUCCCCUCCUAACCCCUUUGCACCGGUCCCACUCCGGGGCAGGGUCGGGGGAGGAGGGGGAAUGGGGGAGCAGAGCUGAGAUCUGGGCGUAGGCACCGCAUUCUGAUCUGGACCAAGUUGGGACAGCAACAUCUCAGCCCCGCAGCCACAGCCAGGCCAGCAGGCCCCACCACGGAGACAAACACCACACCAGCCAGCAGAAUGGACAUUCCAACAUCACCAGCCGAAGCCCUGAACCUCAGUGCAGCAGAGACGGCACCUGCUGCGUGCCCGUGUGCCCCUGUGGCAGGACUGGAGGGUGCACCGGAAGGGGAGGUUAAUAGAAUGGGGCCCUUUCACUGUCCCUUGCCUAGGGCACAUGCAUUUCAGCCUUGCUGCCUUCGCUCCCUCAAUUCCCCUUUCCCCCCUCACUGACUCCCAAGCCCACUCCACCCCACCUCAAGAAAUGUGUCACUUGAUUUGGGCCUAUUCAACCAGUAAAUGAAUCCCAUUUUUACUAAAGCAUCUUCUCCGAGCCCCCUGCCCCUCACUGAUCUUGCUUUUCCCUGGUCUCACGCAGUUGUGGUCAAUAUUGUGGUAAUCGCUAAUUGUACUGAUUGUUUAAGUGUGCAUUAGUUGUGUCUCCCCAGCUAGAUUGUAAGCUCCUGGAGGACAGGGACCACCUCUACAAAAAAUAAAAAAGCAAUACCUCCCCUGUCUCGCACAGUGUCCCAGGACCCUGCGGGGCAGUGGAGGCGCACCAAAAA